AUGAACAUUCAACCUUCCAGUAUAUGUAAUAUAUCCAGUACAACAGAAAACAUGUUAUCCAGAUAUCUCUAUUGGAGUUUCAUAUUGAGUGUUUUCUAUAUUGAACCUUUUUAUAGUGAGAAGGAAAUUUCCAGUCUGAAAAGAACUUACAGAGAUGUGGAGAAUGUUACGAGCACUCUCAGUCCUGUAAACGAAAGUUCUUCUGUAAAUGGGAAAGAAUAUUCGUUGUCUGAAAGUGCUGUUGGUGUCGGUGACACAGUGCAGGAAGAUCCAUUGCAAGCUGAUGUUAAUGAGACGCUGAUAAUGCCUGGUAAUGAAAGUUCGAUUGAUUAUGAGUUUAACAGUAAUAACACUCUGACUGAGAUGCCAAAUGAGACUACUACCCUGCCUACAACGGAGGUCCCCACCACCCCAAGCUCACCCUAUGAAAACAAUCUCAUUGUCCGUGACUUUUGUCUUUGUGAUCUUAAGGUUGAAUUCUGUGAUAUCAACUGUUGCUGCGAUGAAGAUUGCAACACUGAGGACCGCAGAGUAUUCUCUCACUGCCAGAUGCGGCCUCAGAACGUUUUAGGUGAGUGCGGAGCAACAUCAAUAGAUGAAUAUAUGCAGCUGGAAAAGGGUAAACGGCAUUAUUCCUGGGAAGACACAGUCCAGCCUCUACAGUUUAAUGAGGCUCCGUACUCUGUAGGCUCGGCUGUCUGGGCUGUGAGCGAGCGAGGAGUUCUCUUUAGUCUUGGGAUUCCAGAUUCUCUUUUUGGAAGUGAAUGCGAAACACACGAAUAUUUACGUUUCCUCGAAGACAUUCAUUCUUCGUGUAAUCGAGUCUUCCAUAAUGUUACUGAUGUGUGUGAGAAGAAUGUUGACUUCAGUGCCAUUAAAUAUGUGUCUUUCUAUGUAGUGGCAGAUCCAAGUACUUUUAACCAGAGCUCCAGCAUGUCCGUCACAACAGAAGCAGCGGAGUUCACAUCGCUUGUACCACAAACAUCCAUCAGUCAACUAGGCGAAUCUUCCACAAAUGUAUCGUCUAUUGAUGAGGAAGAACUACCCAUUUUGGACGAAUCCAAGAACCUCACUGUUGAUGAGAAACGAACAAGAAAAUUGAUAGAAAUUAGUUAUAUAAAUAAGAAACUAGUUAUAAAUGCAGCCCCAUCAAAUGUGGCCUUAGAUUCAAAAUAUUUGUCCGAUGGGCAAUUAUUGCCAGUCAAAGUAUUUUUGUGCUUGGUUGAUGAUAAUGAAGAACGAUGUACAGAAACAGACGUUAAUAAUAUACCUCAGCCUGUUUAUAAAUCAGGUGUCUGCGAAAAUGUGGCUUUAAGUAUUAAUUAUGUGUUUAUACACAAUGGUACAGAGGGUAUUUAUCAUGCACAUGCCAGAAUAUACCUUACUACUGUAGCCAACACAAUGACGUAUCUUAAACAAGACUUUGAUACCAGAUUUAUUUGGGCAUCGGUCAAGAAUAAUACUGUAUUUGAAAGAAGUGGACAUCCUGGUUAUAUUAUUGGAAGACCUAUUCUUCUUGGAAAGCUGAUUGAUAAUGUCACAGAUGAGGGUGAAGUGAAAGAAGCCAUAUACCUUGACACUGACCCAGCUCAGUGGCUGACCCUGCUUAACCCUGGAGAAGGCAAGUGUGGCUCUCGAUCUCAGGUCACCUUUGGAGUGGACAUGAGGACAGGCUGCCGUGUACUAGUGAAGGAUGAUGACCUCAGACACUGUGAAGUGCUACAGAAUUAUUUCCUGGAGCUUCUCCUUGGGCCUGUUCUCCGUGAAGCAAGUAAACUACGCAUUGGAACCUAUGGAGAUUCUAGUGUAAACAAUGGUGCUGACUGGAUACCAAUCUUAAUACCAGAAGAACCUAGAUCAGGAGCCUUCUCAAGUAACAUACAUGGGAAAAGAAAGUGUUCUGACCUCAUCCUGUCCGUACACCUUGAGAUUGCCUACAGUCGUCAGGGAUCCCUUGCUAAUCCUCAGGCCAAGAUUGUUGGUAUUGUUCUUCGCUAUGGAGAGCCACAAAGCAUCACGUCAGCUUGUGGAAGUCAACACUGCCUUGGUACACAUCUACGUCAGCAAACACAAGCUGUGGAACUGUCGUCAUCAGUGUCAUUUGUUGAAGUAACUCGUCCCCCAGAACCGGCGUAUUCAAGACCUCCAACUCUGGACGUGAAGCUUCCACAUAACUUUUUUUACCCAUUUUUGCCAUCAUCAGCACUUGCAGUUUAUGGAGAACCUCUGCUUGUUUGGAUUCUGUUACAGUUUGUGUUGCUAAUUCUUUACAAGUGAUCUUCAGGUAUACAUAUACAGUGGACCCCCUAGUUUACGAUAUUAUUUCAUUCCAGAAGUAUGUUCAGGUGCCAGUACUGACCGAAUUUGUUCCCAUAAGGAAUAUUGUGAAUUAGAUUAGUCCAUUUCAGACCCCCAAACAUACACAUACAAACUCACUUACAUAAAUACACUUACAUAAUUGGUCGCAUUGGGAGCUGAUCAUAAACCGGGGUUCCACUCUAUUGAAUCAUCAUCUUGCUUGACACUAUAUUGGUGUUCCUCAUCUUGUGAUGGAAUCACGUUCCAACAAACCCAUCAUAGUAAAAAAUAUCGUAAGUUGAAUGUGAAUAUGAUAUGCUAAAUAAGUAAAUAAAUAGCUGCCGUCACUGAAGAAGUAAACAAAUAAUAAUUACCGUAACUAAAUACCAAUAUCGCCGCCCUCAUGCUGGGUAAUUAUCUUAAAUUUCAUCUUUAAACUAAUUACUUUUGCAUCAUCGUAAAGUUGAAAUAUCAUAGCCUGAACCAUCAUAAUUCAAAGAGCACCUAUAAUUUUUUAAAAUAUUUUUUAACACAUUGGUCAUCUCCCACUGAGACAAUGAUCUCAAAAAGAAGAAACGCUUUUUCUUCUUUUUCUUUCUUCUUUUAACCCUUAAACGGUCCAAACAGAUCGACGUUCAAAUACGUACUGCUCCAAACGUAGAUCUACGUUUUUUUUACAUAUU